AUGAUGACUGGUCAAAUUAUUAGUGGUGCACCUAUAAUGGUUGCCGUUAGAUAUCAACAGAUUAUCAUGUUCAUGAUAUCUGCGUCUACAGCAUUAGGCGUAUUAACCUCAAUAAUUGUAUGUGUGUUCUCUUGUAUUGAUAGUUCUCAUCGAUUAAGAACUGAUAGAAUAUCAAGUUCGAAACCCUGGAUCUUUGCCAUGAAAGAUGAAUUAUUAAAUAUUCUUAGGCGCGGUAUGUUUUGUCUUUGGAAAAAACCUAAAAAAGAUAAUUUAGAAGAAGAAUCAUUAGGAUUAUUAAGCAGUAGAGUAGAAACUUAA